CCAAAAUCGACACUUAUACGACGCGGUUCCUUAAUCCGGUUCCGACCACCUCCCAUCCCGUUCCUCCAUCCUUUCAUCGAUACGGUUAGAGACGGAAACAGUCCAUUCCAACCCACCUUCACAUAGCAGAUUCCCAUCAACGAUGGACUCGUCCUACCAUUCUUACCGAGAGGGUUCGGCUCGGUCACCUGGUGAUCGGGGCUGGGGCAGAGGUGAUGACAGAAUCAAAGACGAGAGGGACACCUUUUAUCGUGGCAGAUCUCCUGCCGACCGCACCAGACGUCGUUCGAGAUCCCCGGCGGCGCUUGAUCGUUACGAACCCAGAGCCCGCACGCGCGACGAUUACCCGACCCGCGAUCCCCGCGAUCCCCGUGACCCCCGCGACCUCCGCGACCCUCGCGAUCGCGAUGACCAGUCGAGACGCAUGCGAUCCCCUCCGGCCAAUAUUGACCGCUAUGUUCCUGGCCAGGACGUGGCCCCAAUCCAACCUCUGACCAACCCUAUCCCCGAUCCGAUCAAACUCCCCUACCAAGUCGGCUUUUCAUAUUACGGCGAGUGGUGGAGGGCAAACGAGAAAAUCAAGGAGGAAAAGGAGAGGUUGCGCACUGGCCGCCGCCGUGAGCCCGAGCGGGUCCGCGGUCCGGAGGAGCGUGAGAAGGAGAAGGCCAAGAUUCAGGCCGCCUACGAUGCCUACAAGGAAGAGCUUCAGGCCAAGAUGGCACAAACUUUUGUCAAGCAACACAAGGACGAGCAGUGGUUCAGGGAACGCUAUGUCCCAGAAAUCAGAGACGGCUUCAGAAAGCAGCUGAACGAGUUCCGCCGUGGCGCCUACACGCAGUGGGAGCAAGAUCUCGAGACCGGCACCUUUGACGACUUUUCUCUCGAGGGCAUCCCCAAGAGCGAGAGCAAUGGUGCUGGCGGUGUUGUGGAAAAGGAAGAAGGUGAGGCAACUGCUGCGAACGAGGUUCUCGGCGUCGGUGACUUGGUCCCAGCCAAUAGUGCCGACAUCAGGGACGAGAAUCUGUUCCAGCCAACGCUCCUGAUCAAGACUAUUGCCCCGUCGGUCAGUCGUCAGAACCUUGAGGCCUUCUGCAAGGAGCAUCUUGGCGAGGAAGAGGGUGGAUUCAAGUGGCUCUCGUUGAGUGAUCCAAAUCCUAGUAAGCGAUACCACCGUAUCGGUUGGAUCAUGUUGCACCCUGCACCCGAGGCUCCCAUCGCUCAGGAUGAAAUGAAAGACGAUGAUGAUGAGGGCUCAGCCAAGCCUCACGUCCCCAGCACCGCUGAGAAGGCCCUGGAGGCCAUCAACGGCAAGACUGUCAAAGAUGAACAGCGCGGUGAUUUCACCUGCCACGUAGGAGUACACAAUCCACCCAUGAACCCCAGGAAGAAGGCCCUCUGGGAUCUUUUCUCUGCACCUGAACGCAUCGAGAAGGACCUCGAGCUUGUCAGACGCCUUGUCAACAAGUUCGAAGAGGACUUCGGCUCCGACUUUAAUGCCACGCUCAAGAUCGAUGAGCGCGUAGAGGACCUGAGGGCCGCCGGUCGCCUGCAGCCUGCGGUCUCCGCUCCUGGCAUCAAGAAAGAGAAGAUCAAGAAGGAAAAGUCGAUUGGCAUGGAUGAAGCCAUGGAUGAAGAGGGCCAAGAACAUGAAGAUGAUGACGAUGACAAUGAAGAUGAGGGGACGGUCGAUGACGAAGUCGAUGAUGAAGACUUGCUCGUCAAGAAGAAGCAGCUGGACCUCAUGAUUGAGUAUCUUCGCCGUGUCUUCAACUUUUGCUUCUUUUGCGUCUUUGAGAGUGACUCCAUCCAUGAGUUGACGAGAAAGUGCCCUGGCGGCCAUCUCCGCAGACCCCGUAGCACGCUCUCGUCGUCGGCCAAGGCCGUCGCUCGUGCGAGCGCGCUCGGCGAGCCUUUCCCUUCCAAGAAGCGUAAGGAUGCCGAGGACGUCGAGGAGGGUGAGGCGCCUGAGGGUGAACGCAAGUUCCGCACGUCUUCCAAGACCGAGCAACAGCUGCAGCGGGCGUACAACUGGGUCAAAACCUUUGAGGACAAGAUCAUGCAGAUCCUUGAGCCCGAUACGGUUGACAUUAGAAAGUUGGGCGGUAAGCCGGUUGAGGAUGCCAUUAACGAUGAGCUUGCCAAGUACGUCAAGCAGGAAGACGAGAACAAGUGGAGGUGCAAGGUGCCCGAGUGCACCAAGCUCUUCAAGGAGGAGCAUUUCUGGAAGAAGCACGUUGAGAAGCGACACAACGAGUGGCUAGAUAAGCUCAAGGAAGAGAUCGCCUUGGUCAAUGCUUAUGUCAUCGACCCUGCACACAUUGCGCCGUCCAGGACCGAUGCCAACUCCAAUGGCCACUUCCCGCCUUCUAACGGCCAGCAACCGACUGGAACCCCGCGUGGCUUCAACUUGCAAAAUUACGCCAUGAACAGCAUGCUGAACUUCCCGGGCUUCCCCAUCCCAUCCAUGUUUCCCAACAUGAUGAACGCUGGUGCCAUGGCCGGGGCGGCGUCCAACUGGCAUGCCGCUGGUGGUGACGAUCGCACUGGCGCAGGUGGCCCCAUCCGCCGUGGCGGUCAUAUGGGCGGUGCUGGAGGUAGAUUCCAGAGUCGUACUGGUCCCUACGACCGUCGGCCUAACCCUCGGUACCCAGGAGGCAUGGAUGGCGGAAUGGCCGGUCGUGGUCGUGGCGUAGGAGGUCCUACUAACCGCUGGGGUGAUGGCGCCGCCGGAAACGCGGCUAUGGGUCCGCGUGAGGCGGUCCAGGGAAGGACGAUCAAGAGCUACGAGGAUUUAGAUGCCACGGCUGGAGGAAACGGUGGAGAGCUCAACUAUUAGAGGUAAUGGUCUCUCUCUAAUUUGGUUGUCGUCCAGUCCGGCUUAUAUCUCUGGUGGAGAUUCAUGAAGGGAAGGAUUGUGACAACCCUGAUAAUUAUUUGCUAGUUUCUUUUUGUUUCCUAGGGACAAGGUCUUUUUUCUUCUGAACGGGAUGAAGCGGAAAAUGAAUGGGAGUGUGGUUACGUCUAGUCAGGUUUGAGGAGCGCAUAUGUAUGUGUUCAGUCGAUGAUGAGUCGAUCGUGAAAGGAUGGAAAGGAUGGGUGUCACUUGUGUUGUAUGUUUCGAGGUUCGAGGUUUUCAUGGUGCCCCUUUUACAGCUCUGGGGUUACGUAAGUAGCAGUAACUUAGUUACAUUCUGGCAGACAGACUAUUCGAGGAGCGGAUUUUAUAAUCUCGGUUUUUCCGCG